CGCUACCUCAAGGCAGUCAUAGUUGCAGCAACAAACAUCUCCUGUUUGUUCUGCCUGCUCUUUGUCCAGGAUUUUCCAAUCUUUUUCUAUCUCUAUAAUUCUUAGCUUGUCUCUCUUUACUCCUAUGCACUGCCGUACUUCCCCUCUGGCGCUCUAAUUCCCGUUUGUCGCCAUCCCCGCCUGGUUCCGACAACCUCCUAUUCCGUCACACCCCUAUUGUUGUGUCCACCGCCCACACUUAGAUAUCCCCGAGAAACUCUUUAAGCAGGUCCGGACCCUGCCUGGUUAUUUCAUUCACUACGACAACAACAACGGCUCCAACGACAAUGGUCACAAUCCCUGCACCCACGCAUGCAAGUGAGGAAUGGCUCGAUGCGGACUUUGACAUCCCCGAAGGCGCUGACAUUACUCCACCACCGGUUGGCGACGAUGACGAGGAUUGGGAUGUGGAGAUGGAUUUAGGCAAGACGGGAGGAGCGAAGGCAAUACCACUCGCCCAAAACGCGUCCAUACAUCGGAGUCCUCUUGGCAAGGGCACGAUGGUCUCUAUCCGGCCUUCGCUCAGUACGACUUCAGAGGCAACCUCUCCCACUGAAGGAGAUGAUGAUGAAGGCAUUUCGACGAUAAAAAUAUCUGCUUUACCGAUGACACUACUCAAGUCGACGGAGAUUGGGACGUCAUUAGACGAGGACAUGGAGGCAGAUUUUGCCCUUCCAUCCGACCUUACGCAGCUUUCGCUACGGCCCUUGUCUCUUCAUCACAGAGGCUCGAAGGCUUCGCUAGAAUGGGGUGACCGUGACCAUACAUCCUCGUCUGCAUCGUCGUCGGAUGCUUAUUCAUCUCUCGGCUUCAAUCCAUCCAACAACUCGACGGUCAUCUCAUUGCCUGACACCGAUGUAGACUGCAAUGAAGAUGGGGAUACUGAUUUGGAUGGCUUGGUAAUUCCAACAGGACUUUUUGAGAGCGAUCAGGGGCGUAAGCAUUUGACAAAAAUACUGGAUCUGAAGAAGAAAGUGCCGAAGAUCGAGGAACAAGUCAAUGUAGCAUCUCCAGAUCCUGAGGACGAUUUCGAGAUUGGUCUAGUAAUCAAUGGGGACGAAGAUAUUAGUCCGACGAAAUUUAUUCAGACACAGGAGACGAAACGUGGAGCGAUGUCUUCUGCAAGAAGUAACAGCAUGCCCGCGCGUACAGCAACUUCAACGUCCGCCAGACCGCCGUCGCGUCUUAAGAGUGAUCGUCCUAAAAUGCCGGGUGAACAAUUUGGGUCGAUGAGUCGUGCGACGUCUCGUAUAUCAACGUCGCCACCACUACUUCGACCGACUUUAAGCCGACGCACUCAAACUCUUCAGCCCUUGCCUUCUGCUCAGGCUUCUCAAGCGCCAUCGUCAUUUAUCGCCCCGAAGCAAGGACAAAGUAAAAUACGUAACCAGAAAUCUCACGGAGUGUUAAAGUCGCAUUCCCCGACGACUUCUCGAAAACUCAGUCGGAAGGCGUCUCUUUCAUCAUUGCUAGAGACAAGUAACGCACAAGAUUCGUCUGCGCCAGAGUCACCCGCCCCGCAGACUGGUCCUAAUUAUUCUGCAACGACAGCGGCUUCGCGGGCUCGAAUGCACACUAAUUCCACCAGUCGGAUGCAUACUGGUCAUGUACCACCGACAAGGCCCUCGACGCCAGCGGAUAAUCCUGCUGCUUUACGACUGACAAUGCCCACUUCCCUAAAUCGUAUAAAGUCACGGCCCUCAAUUUCCGGUAUUUUCCCUCCAUCUACCCCUCCUCCUUUACCACCUACACCAACCAAUAUACCGGCACAAUAUCGUCCUGCUUCAAGGACAAGUACUUCCGCAUCAGCUCCUGUUAAACCUGCUCGUCGCCUUAAACGUCGAGAUUUCGGUGACGGGACUGAGCUGGACGAGAUCGAAGAUCUGCCAACUGAUCGGGACAAGGAAGCUAAGUUCAGGGUUCAGCCAAAGCCUCCGCCUAGUCGUGUUCCUAGUGGUAGCAGUCAAAGCAGUCAACCCAAAGUUGAGGAAAAACCGGCGAAAGGAACGCUUCGCAGGAAGAAGGACACGAUAGAAAACGCGCCGCGUCCUGCCGCAUCAAUGCUUUCUUUAAAACACAAGCAAAGUCGUAUUGAGGGCUUAUCGAAAAACGAGAAUCCUCAGAAAAGAAAGCCUUCUUCGAGUGCGACUCGGCGGAAACCGACGCUUAUUCGAAACUUGGGUGGCGCGGGAGCACCAAAAGUUGUUGGUGAGAUGCGGUGGAAUCCUCAGACACUUCGUUGGGAAGGGAAUGAUCAGGCGUUGCGAGAUUUUGAUUCGGCAUCCGCCCGACCAGCACUUAUCACCCAUCUCACUGGGUCUUCUGUGAGCGGCUCUCCUGGAGGAAACUUCGGUCCGACCGCUCGAGUAGUGGGUAACAUGGUGUUCGAUCCGGUCCGAAUGUGCUGGAUGUCGACUUUGCCUCCAGACGAAGAGGAACCAGAUGUCUUUGCUGACCUUGCGGAUGACGAGAAGGACGAUGAUUGGGAAGCCAAGGGUGGUACCAUUCGUGCUACAGUUUCUCUUCGUCCGAGUACUUCGACAGAUACUGGCUCUCAUUCCGACGCAUCGCGGAAAACGCCUAGUCCAAUACCGAGCGUACGCUCUCGCGCACAGUCGUUAUCCCAGUCUCAGCAGUCUCAGUCGGAUAGCGACCAUGGAUCACGAGCGUCCUUAGUGUUUGACCUGGAAGACAACUUCAUCGAAUUAUGUCGCGCGGCUGAGGCUCGGCAUCGUGUUGAGAUGAAGGGCUGGACGUUGGGACGAAGUGAUUCUGUUUCGUCGUUCGCAGAACCCGAUCGAUCAUGCCUCUAUGAAAUUCGUACCCUUGCAACUCGACAAUAUUGAUGGCGGCUAUGUUCAGUUCAUAUUUCCCAUUUUGUUUCUUUUCUUCUCGUUUUUGUCAUUUUUCUGCAUGCCUCAAUCUCGUUGCCUCUCACGACACGCCCUUGCCACGGUUUCCUUUUGAUUCUACUUUCCCGCCUCUUUUUUGGUCCUAUUUCAGACUCUAAUAUCUCUCCUCUCCCCUCUUUUGAUAUCAUGGAACACGAACGAACACAAUGUAGCAUACGCAGGCGUUUUCACUUGCCGCUUAUUAAUUUACAAGUCCGAAAUUUUUCGUUAAUUCUAUUAGUUCUUGUUUUUUGUUUCUUGUAGAUACUUUUUUUGUAUGCAUCUCUGACUCAGACCAAUGUCACAGAAACAUAUCCUCAAU